AUGCCUCGAAAUCAUCCGAGUCAUCCGAGUCGUUUGAGGAUGGAGUUCAUGGAUCAAGAUUGUCCUUGUACACUUCCGGCGUGCCCCUUCUUCAUCGCUGAACAGAGGUUGGCAAGGCUUGACCCUCGAGCGGCCGUCAGAGAACUCGCAAAAGAGUCUCCAACUUCCCCAUUUACCUUGAAGGUGGCCAUGGCGGCGUUAGUGGAUGCGCAAUAUCGACGAGCUGGUGCUGGCACAGCAUUCAUGGGACAGCUAUCACACCGGUCUACAGGAGAUAGGCCACACUGGGACUAUCCCCUCAGGGGAAUCAUCAGCAUCUUCACGGCUAUCUAUCGCGACUCUGACGCACCGAGGCAAGGCGAGGAUGCUGAUGUACUCAAAGACACCGUUUCGAAGUAUCCUGUAUUCGUUGAGGCGAUUACGCGAGAUUUUCAUUUCCUGACCCCAGCGGAUAAGAUGGGCGACUAUAGGAGGUGUACCGUUGGCGGGGCGCUCCUCUUUUUUAUAGACGACCCAGCUACCAAAUUGAAAAUGUACGAAGAGCAAUCCUUACGACUCAUUGUUCACUGUUGGCUCGAGACCUCUCCCGAUUAUCCACUCCGACAUUACGCAACAAAUGUGCUUGUGGAGGUGAUAGUCAAGAAGGCCUUGAAUGGUAGUCAACCCCCUCCGGACUACCUCGAAAGGGUUUUCAAGCUAGUCAAGAUCCCCCAUCUCAUGUCACGACUUAAUUUCCUUUUCAAGAGUAGGAAACUUGCGGACGAAAUGGUUUGGCAUGAGGUGCAAGUGGUGGUCUAUCUUACAUGGGAAUGGCAACCGUUUUCGCCUCAUGUCGUCGAAGCCAAUGUGCCGAAGAACGUUCUCGCUGCUAUUCGUCGCACUCUCAAGAACAAUGCACGUCCAUUUGAUGAGGUUGAAAACCUCUUUGGCCAAGUUGAAAUUCUUGCACAGAAUCUCUUUGACCAGUCUCCAAACACCAUGCACGUUCUUACUGGAUUGGUGAAAAACACCUAUCUUGUGGAGGUAGCAGCCGAAGGUCUCAAGAGAGCCAACAGAUCUACCGAGCCAGUGGGCAACCUUCUUGACCGACCAGGAUACUUUUAUCGAUUCUUUUCACAUAUUAUAAAUCCAAAAUAUGUUUCUACCCCCUGCAGUCUUUGA